AUGUUCGCAUUCAGGUUGGCAGGAAUCAAGUUGCUCUCUCUUGUCGCACUCACGCUCGUCUUUGUCGCUACUAGCGCUUCGGCCGUGUUUGCCAAUCUCGAACCUCGCAACAACUUACCCACUACGUCCAAGCAGCAUCUUUCUUUGCAGCGACGUAGUGCUAUUCUUAACAAUAACCCUCGUCGUAUGGGCAGGCGUUCAAAGCGUCAUUGCAAGGCUAAGAGUCGCGAUGAUGCUACUACCAGCAAGGGUGCUAAGCAACACUCGGGCUCUCACUCGCAGGUUUCGAGUCAGAACAAGUCUGGUACUAGCUCCAACUCGGGCUUUGAGAGUGACUCUGAGUCCAAGACGUCCUCUUCCGUAUCGGGUGGCCUUUUUGGGUUUACCUCCAAGAACUGCGGUUCGUCUGGUGCCAAUGAUGAUCAACCCAAUGGUUCUCAAGACUUUCUUAACUGUGGUCUUACCUCCGGAGGUUGGAAGCCUCCUCAACUUUCGCUUUCGCAACUUAGAAUCAUGCCUGCGUCUCAAGCUUCCACUGCGCCCGUGUUUGCUCCGUGCAAAGAGGUUCUUUGGGCGUUUGAAGCUGCAGAAAAGGCCCAUGGGGUGCCUGCUACGGUUCUUAUGUCGUUUGCCAUGCAAGAGUCGACUUGUAAUCCUAAUGUGACUGGAGGAAAUGGAGAGCAGGGUCUUAUGCAGAUCACUCGGGACAAGUGUCGUGGUGCUCCUAAUGGAAACUGUAAGGAUCCAUGGUUCAAUGUUGAUACAGGUGCAAGGUAUUUCAAGACAACGCUGGAUCAGUGUGGCGGGAAUGUGUUGCAGGCUAUUGGUCAGUAUAAUGGUUGGCAACUUGGCCUUACUGUUAAGAAGGCUACUGCUGCUAAAGCUCAGGGCAAUUGUCAUGCUCAGAACAAUCUCGAUUAUCUUUAUCAGAUGCUGAAUGGUUGGUUCCUUGGCAAGGCUAAUACCUAUGAUAUCGGUUCUUAUAAGAAUCUCGCCGCUUGUUAA